AGCCAGUUAGUUAGCUAGCUAGCUAGAAAAACUGACAACUGUAACGUUAGCUACUAAAACAUGACAACAUGGCACAGAUUUCGUUAUGGAAAGUCUCCCAUGAAAGAUCUCAUCACCUGCAUAUCUAACAAAUGCCAAUGCGAUUACGUCUAGUUAGCUAGUAAGUAGCUAGCUGCCUAGUUUUGCUGACAUGAAUGAAUAGCUAGCUUGUGAAGUUGUCUCUAGCUAGCUGUUCCAACGACAGAAAAUAAAAAUAAAUGCUUUGUCAGCAAAUAACAUACAAUUAUCCAUAGCAGACAAACGGAUGGAUAGUUAGCUAGAUAACUAACGUUAGCUUAUGUUUAUGUCGCCUGUCGUGUCAGUCAGGUAACACUCAUCAUGAGAAUAAACGAAGAUACCUUACUGGAGGGGAAACACGUCGUACUGGUGCCUUACAACGCAGAUCAUGUACCCAGGUACCACCAGUGGAUGGGCUGUCCUGAGCUGCAGCAGCUGACUGCAUCUGAGCCGCUGACUCUGGAGCAGGAGUAUGACAUGCAGAGGAGCUGGAGGGAGGAUGAUGACAAGUGCACCUUCAUCAUCCUGGAUAAACAACGGUGGGCGGACCCUGCCGUACAGGAAGAGCAGUGCAUGGUGGGAGAUGUCAACAUCUUCCUGACGGACCCCAGUGACUCCUCCCUCGCUGAGCUGGAGAUCAUGAUCGCAGAGCCCAGUUACAGAGGCAAAGGCCUGGGAAAAGAGGUCACACGGAUGAUGAUCUGCUACGGGGUGACCAAACUGGGGAUCCGGAAGUUUGAGGCGAAGAUCGGUCUGGACAACAAAGUCAGCAUCGCCAUGUUCAAAAGGUUCCACUUCCACGAGCUGUCAGUGAGCGAGGUGUUCCGGGAGGUCACCCUUGGCAUGACGGUGGACCAGGCGGUGCGGACCCGGCUGCUGGGGGACAUGGCGUUCAUGCAGGAGAGAGAGUACAGGAAGGACCGGGACAGCCGGCAGGAAGUGACGUCGUCACACGCCACCCUGUGAACCACUGCUGCUACAGAUCCGCUACCCUCCUCCUUCCCGAAGUGUGCGUUCAUUCACUCCCCCCUCAUUUAGAAAGCAUUGGAUGGGUGUAAUCAUGGGUUAGACUAGAGGGACUUUAACACAUUUCCUACAUCUGUCCAUUCCUUAUAAAUCCAUAGGGGGAAUGGGCAGUGUACGGGUGCACACUUCGAGGAGAAGAAACAGAAUUUGGCUUUGGUAGAAGAUGCGCUUAGGCACAGAUCUAGGAUCAGCACCCCCUCCCCCAAUCAUAACCAUUAGGGAGGGAAUGUAAGACUGACCCUAGAUCAGCGCUUAGGGGCAACUUCCUCCUGUCAGACGAAGGCAUUCUGGGUACAGUCGAAUACCUGGAAUGGAGAGUUUAAUUGGGCGAAGGACCCCAUGGCCUGUGGCUGCUAUAGGCUACCGUUGAAUGGAACUCUGUGUUGUUUAUACAUGGCCGGGGAAAACUCCAGGCCUCAAAUUUAAUAACCAUAAUAAUAGUUAACGGCUACUCAGUGGGUCUACAAAGGAUUCCCUGAACUCUAUUCACGCUUGCUAUCUAGACUCCGCACAGUAGAUUUUCUGAUGGUGAUACGCCCUGUCAGAAACACUGUUCAUAGAAGUACAGUUUUCACCCAUAUAAUGGGACAAAGUUAUUUGUAUUUUGCUUGGAUAAUAAUGUAUUGUAGAGCUUGUAGUCAGUAGUCAUCUACCUAUUCCAAUCGUGUCAAGUGUCUUACGUCUUUUAUUUUUACAGAAACUUAUAUUUGCCGUCCAAGGUUGUUUGUCAGUGUUUUGUAACUCUACAAAUGUACUAUGUAGAUAUUAAAAUUGCCAAAGUGGUAAGAGGUUUUUUCCCCCAAUUAUA